UGUUUCUCCAGCAGCCGCGGGGGAAGGUGUUGCGUCGCUCCUCUGGCUCUAGUCCAUAACUGGGUCGUGCUUAAGCUCUUAAGCUCCCACCUUCCCGAUUAUCGUCUGUGUUGUAUAACUCAAACGAAAGUAUAAUACGAUCCAAAAAAUACAUUUUAAACUUAAAUUAAUUACAAAAAUCUUUUGUGAAAUAAAGACACUUAAGCUUUUGAAAUAAGUAAUUGUGUGGUAUGUUAUCAGCAUAAGCCUAUGGCUACAUGGCUGCUUGAGCAGUCACAUAUAUGUAUAGCCUACACGGCUGCUUGAUGGUCAGAAGGAACUAGCAGACAGCACCGGAAGCAGUAUAACCUCGGCCUAGCCUACCCCAGGCCAAACCAAACCUAGGCCUAACCAGCACUGUGGCACCCCCACCUUAGACUGAUAUUUCAACCUCGGGACCAUCUUCUUUAAAAAAUGUGGGGGAGCAGAGUGAUGGUGGUGAUGGUGACGGUGAUGGUGACGGUGAUGGUGACGCUCACCAUUCCUGCUGCAGCUCAGUAUCGUCCCGAGGCGCCUCCGCUGGUGUACGACUACAAGUGCGAGUCGACGGAGACCGACCCCGACGCCGACUGCAUUUUCGGGACGGCGGGCAAGGACUACCCGACGCUCCGUCAGGUGCCCCCGACCAAGUUCACCUGUCAAGACCUCCUCCCGGGCAUCUACGCCGACCCCGACGCUGCUUGCCAGGUGUACCACAUGUGUCUCCAUGCCGGCAACGUCCACUCGUUCCUGUGCCCCAAUGGGACACUCUUCAACCAGGAGUACUUCGUGUGUGACCUCUGGUUCAAUGUGGACUGUGCGCGCGCCACCAGCUUCUACCCCCUCAACCAGUACAUCUACAAGGACCCGGAGCUUAAGGAUCCCAAGCUUACGUACGUCUGAGGACAUCUACAAGGACCCGUAGCUUAAGGAAACUAAGCUUACGUACGUCUGAGGACAUCUACAAGGACAACGAGCUUAAGGAAACUAAGCUUACGUACUUCUGAGGACAUCUACAAGGACUCCCUAUGUUUGAUGACUCAUAUUAUCCACAUAAUCAAAUUUUCGAACUUUCCGAAAAUUCUAAAUUAAACACAACACAAAUAUGAUUUAUUAAUUAAUUUAACUAUGUGUUUUUUUUUAAGAUUAAAUCUAUUAGAAAUAUUCAGUUAUAAUUUAUUUAUUUAAUCUUUUACGUAGCCAAAAAUAUCUCAAAAUUUAAAUGUUUUCCCCAACAUUUUGCUGACUUUAAAACUUGUAUUCAGUACAAGGUAAGUUAGCUUUGUUGUAUGCCUCAGUUGUAUUACCUGUGUAUGUUUCAUAUGUGUAUAUAUGUUAUUAUUAUUUAUACAAAAUCAUACAAGGAAUAAUUAGAUUAUGCAGGAGUUGUAUAAUUCUGCAUAUCUCUCUCUGCUGUUAUCUGUAUAUAUGUUCUUAACUCCCAGUCAUCUGGUGUAUUCACCUAGUUGUAUUCACCUAGUUAUGCUUGCGGGUCUUGAGCUCUGCUCUUUCGGCCCGCCUCUCAACUGUUUAUCAAUGAACUGUUACUAACUACUAUUGUUUUUUUUUAUCACACAC